AUGAAUAGGGUUUUGAAUCAAAACUUUGAUGAAAUAGAUACUGAAUCUAGAAUAAUCAUGUUUAUUAUUUUGGGAUUAUUUAUUUCUUAAUUUUCUAAAGAGUUAAACUCUCGAUUAGGAAUUCCAUACACUCCUAUAUUAGUAGUUUUUGGAAUGAUUAUAGGAUCAAUUGAUUUUUAUAAAGAUGUGUUUGAUAAAGUAUUAGAAAUAAAUCCCCAUGGUUUCUUAAUGAUAUUUUUUCCUGUACUAAUAUUUAGCAGUUCUUUUAAUGCUAAUUUAUAAGUAUUUAAUAAAAACAAAUGGCAAAUAUUUUAUUUAGCGGUACCUGGAGUAACAUUAACAAUUAUUUUGCUAACACUAACCUUGAAAUACGUAGAAGGAUAUGAUGAUGAAGAGCUCCCUUGGUCAUGUGCAAUGUUAUUGGCUACAUCUCUUUCUACUACUGAUCCAGUAGCUGUAGUUGCUUUACUAUAAGAAUUAGGAGCACCUCUUCAUUUAGAAGUCAUUAUAGAAAUGGAAUCUUUACUUAAUGAUGGAGUGGCUGUUGUUAUUUUUAAUAUUGUAUAAGAUGUUGCUAGAGGAAUCUAAUUAUAAAUGGGGAGCUUGUUUAGUAGUUUGCUCUCUCUUUCUUUAGGCGGUUUAACUAUGGGAUUUGUUUUUGGAAUAG